AUGGCAGCAGCGACGACGCCAACGUUGGGCUCCAUGGGAGAAUUUACACCAACAAGCUCCGGUGAGGUGGCAUUGUCUUCGUACGUCGAAAGGCUCGAAUUUUACUUCGAAGCGAAUGACAUAACCACGGAAGACAAGAAGCGUGCCGUGUUGUGCACAGUUUCUGGACCGGCGACAUACGCCGUCAUUCGUUCCCUGUGCUCGCCAGCUCUGCCGUCAGCGACGAGUUACGCUGAUAUCGUUCAGAAGCUGUCAGUGCCUUUCAACCCCAAGCCAUCCGUCACUGUGCAAAGAUUCCAGUUUGGCAAGCGUGACCAGCGGCCAGGCGAGAGCAUCGCUGAUUAUAUCGCCGAGCUUCGUCGACUGUCGGAGCACUGCAACUUUAGAACUACCUUAGAAGAUAUGCUCCACGACAGGUUGCAGCAACUGAAGGUGCUAGGCUCGGUGACAGUCCAAGUCAACUACAGGGGCAGGCAGGAGCAGCUACGUCUGGUCGUGGUCAAGGGAGCAGGUGUGAACUUGCUGGGUCGGGACUGGUUUAAGGCUCUCGGGAUUGAGCUGAAGGUCAAUCAGCUGAGAAUGGACAAGGUGAGCCAGAGCCCAUCUCUCACUAGUGUGCUAAAGAAGCACUCGAAGGUUUUUCAACCUGGUCUCGGGAAGAGCCAAGGGCCACCAGUACGGGUGGAAGUGCAACCCCACGCGCAACCCAGAUUUUACAAGCCCUGGCCUGUUCCUUUCGCUCUGCUGCCACAGGUGGAUGAGGCCCUGAACAAGCUCAUAGGACAAGGAAUUCUAGAGCCUGCCCGACAUUCCGAGUGGGCCACACCUGUAGUUCCGGUAGACAAGAAGGAUGGCAGUAUACGAAUUUGUGGGGACUAUAAGAGUACCUUGAAUCCUGUCAUUCAUUGGGAGACUUAUCCAUUGCCUACACCGGAAGAGUUGUUCGCAAAGCUGGCUGGUUUCUCCAAGUUCUCAAAGCUUGAUUUCGACCAAGCAUAUCAGCAACUUGUCGUGGACGACAAGACUGCUGACCUUUUGACAAUGUCACCACAUCUAGGACUCUUUCGAGUAAUGCGUCUGCAGUUCGGAGUAGCAGUAGCUGUGGCCAUAUUUCAGCGGUACAAGAGCUACUUCAAGGUAUCGAAGGUGUGCAAGUCUGUUUAG